CAUGUUGACACUCAGUCACCCAUCACUCCCCACCGUAUCUGCUUCAUUUACCACACAAAGGCAUCUCAAAACACUCCACUACAAUCAAUGGCAGCCAUGGCGACAACCCUCGCCUCACUGUCUCCAAGCCCCAAACCAUCUUUCUUAGACCACAAGUCAUCCUUCCAUGGCACCCCGAUUGCUUCUUGCUUCACUCCCAUUAGAUCCUCCUCCCAGAACUCCGCCAUUUCCAUGUCAUUGAAUUCUCCUCCUUAUGACUUGCAAUCCUUUAACUUCCAACCCAUCAAAGAAUCCUACGUCGCUCGUGAAAUGACACGCCGUUACAUGAUGGACAUGAUUACUUAUGCUGACACUGAUGUUAUCAUCGUAGGCGCCGGCUCUGCGGGUCUCUCUUGUGCUUACGAGAUUAGCAAAAACCCCAACGUCCGUGUUGCCAUAAUUGAACAGUCUGUCAGCCCUGGUGGAGGCGCAUGGCUUGGUGGCCAACUAUUUUCAGCCAUGGUUGUGCGCAAACCAGCUCACAUAUUCCUAGAUGAGCUCGACAUCCAAUAUGAUGAGCAAGAAAACUACGUUGUCAUCAAGCAUGCAGCUUUAUUCACCUCAACAAUCAUGAGCAAGCUUUUGGCCAGGCCUAACGUGAAGUUGUUCAAUGCUGUGGCUGCCGAAGAUUUGAUAGUUAAGGAUAACAGAGUUGCCGGAGUGGUAACUAACUGGGCUUUGGUGUCUAUGAACCAUGACACACAAUCUUGCAUGGACCCAAAUGUGAUGGAGUCCAAGGUUGUGGUCAGUUCCUGUGGGCAUGAUGGACCUUUCGGAGCUACUGGAGUCAAGAGAUUGAAGAGUAUUGGGAUGAUUGAUAGCGUCCCGGGAAUGAAGGCACUGGAUAUGAACACUGCAGAGGAUGCAAUCGUCAGGCUUACCAGGGAGAUUGUGCCUGGCAUGAUUGUUACAGGAAUGGAAGUUGCAGAGAUUGAUGGAGCCCCAAGAAUGGGUCCAACAUUUGGAGCAAUGAUGAUAUCAGGACAGAAAGCAGCACACUUAGCCUUGAAGGCAUUGGGGCAGCCUAAUGCAAUAGAUGGGACCUUCAGCGAAGGUGGAAGAGUACAGCCAGAGUUUGUUCUUGCUGCUGCUGAGACAGAGGGGACUACGGAUGCUUGAAAAUAUAUGAUAGGGAAUUCGAUUUUCAGGGGAAUGGAAUACAUGAAGAAAGAUAUGGAUGAAAUUAAACCAUUUUGGGAUGGGGUGAUAGGGUUGGAUGUGAAUAAAAAGUGGACCUUGGUUUUGAUUUUUGGUUCAAAUGAGUUCUGAUUAAUGUUCACAUAAUGUUGGAAAAUGAAGAGAGAAAACACUUUACUAGUUUGGGA